UUUUAAUUGAAUGUUCAAAUUUCUUGUUAGGCCUUCAUUAUUGUUUUCAAAAAGAACAACAAAAUUAAAGAAAUUAAUACAAUCAAAAGAAUUGGAGUUUAUAAUGGAGGCCCAUAAUGGAUUAUCUGCUUUAAUAGUAUAGGAAGCAGGUUUUAAAGGGAUCUGGGCAUCUGGAUUAUCAAUGUCAGCCUAAUUAGGAGUGAGAGAUUGUAAUGAAGCUUCAUGGACAUAAUUAUUGGAAGUGUUAGAAUUUAUGGCUGAAAGAACCACAAUUCCAAUAUUAAUGGAUGGUGAUACUGGAUUUGGGAAUUACAAUAAUGCUAGAAGAUUAGUAAGAAAAUUAGAAGAGAGAGGGAUUGGAGGUGUUUGUUUUGAAGAUAAGAUCUUUCCUAAAAGAAAUAGUUUAGGAGAAGGUGCUUAAGAAUUGGCAAAUGUAAAGGAGUUUUAAAAUAAGAUUAAGGUGAUGAUAAGACUUAUUUUAGGCUUGUAAAGAUUUUUAGAGAGACUAAGAUUUUUAGAUAGUGGCUAGAUGUGAAUCAUUUAUAGCAGGAUGGGGUUUAGAUAAUGCAUUAGAGAGAUGUGAAGCAUAUAGAAAUGCUGGUGUAGAUGCAGUAUUAAUACAUAGUAAGAAAAGUGAUUUUACAGAAAUUGAAUCAUUUUUGAAGAGUUGGAAUAAUCGAUUACCAGUUGUAAUUGUACCAACUAAUUAUUAUACAACACCAACUGAAGAAUUUAGAAAAUUAAGUAAAAAUUUAUAAUAUCAAAUAAAUAGAUGUAAGUUUAGCUAUUUGGGCAAAUCAUAAUUUAAGAGCAAGCAUUAAAGCUAUGUAAGAAACAAGUAAAUAAAUUUUUGAAAGAUAAAAUUUAAAUGGAUUAGAUAAUAUAGCAAGUGUUAAGGAAGUAUUUAGAUUAUAGAAUGAAAAGGGAUUAGAACAGGACGAUAAAAAAUAUUUAUGAUAAAUUAUUAUUAAAUGCAU